AUGCUCUAUUUCCUGAUCUCUCCUCUGGCGUACUCGCCGCCCGAACCCGCCGACGUCGACGCCCAGUGGCGCUCAUGGCAGCUCCAGCACCGCAAAAACUAUGCGUCCGAGGCCGACAUCGCAGCUCGGCGCCUCACGUGGCUCGAGAGCCGUGAGUUGGUGGAGGAGCAGAACGCUCGGCCCGACAGCUGGACGGCGGAGCUGAACGAAUUUGCUGAUUUGACCUGGCCGGAGUUUCAGGCGGAGCGACUCAUGGCCCCUCAGAACUGCUCCGCGACGCACGUCGCCUCGUGGUCCUUCGACGCUUCCGCGAAGCUCCCGGAGGCGCUCGACUGGCGGCAAAAGAUCCUGGCGCCGUGGCCGGUCAAGAACCAGGCGCACUGCGGCUCGUGCUGGACCUUCUCCACGGUCGGGUCGAUGGAGGCGCACGUCUACCUCAAGUACGGCGCGAUGAAGAACCUCUCCGAGCAGCAGCUCGUCGACUGCGCCGGAGCCUUUCACAACCACGGCUGCAACGGCGGGCUGCCCUCGCAGGCGUUCGAGUACAUCCACUUCGCGGGCACGCUUGACACGCCGAGCCGGAGAGCAGUGUACCCGUACGUGGGCAAGACAGGCAAGACUUGCGCGUACGACAAGCAGGGCGUCGCUAAGGUCGCCGCCAAAGAAAGUAAGAAAACAGACAGCCCCAUUCAGGGAUGGGAGGCGGACAGGGACCCCACCUGCACGAGCAGGGUGUCCGCCAUCAACAACAUCACCGCCUACGACGAGGCGGCCCUUCUAGCCGCCGUCGGCUCGCGCGGCCCCGUCUCGAUCGCCUUCCAGGUGUCGGCCGACUUCCGCUUCUACAAGAAGGGGGUUUACGACGGCGUCUGCAAGGCGUCGCCAUCGGAUGUCAACCAUGCCGUGGUCGCCGUUGGCUACGGCGUCUCGCCGGCCGACGGCGGGCGAGAGGGAGGCAAGCCCUUCUUCAUCGUGCGCAAUUCAUGGGGCCCGACGUGGGGCGAAGAGGGCUACUUUCGCAUUGCGAGAGGUAAAAACAAGUGUGGGCUUGCCGAUUGCGCUUCCUUCCCGUCCAUCGCGUGAGGGGUCGCGACACAACAGGACGGCGAUCGACGGCGAGCGCAGUGUGGCUGUGGGUGCUAGCCCCGCUGGCAGCCGCCGCCCCAACCCCUGACCCCUCGGCCUUGGCCAGGCCUUGGCCAGGCCUUGUACCUUGACGCUUGGGCGGGCUGGCGGGGCGGGGACCGGGGACGCGUUGUGUACUUGACUUGAGAGGACCAGAUAGUUGAUUUUGACAUUCGUCUUUCGUGCGACCCCGACCGUGUGUCUCUGUGUGUAUUCUAUUGUACGCGAGAUCGGCGCCGUCUCUCGCUCUCUCCUCCGUCCUUGCACACCUCGGGUCUCCC